UAGACCUUGUUGCUUUGUUGUAAAAAAUUAAAAAUAAAAUUUGUAGGGAGGGACUUAUGUCACCACAAACAGAGACUAAAGCAAGUGUUGGAUUUAAAGCUGGUGUUAAAGAUUACCGAUUGACUUAUUAUACUCCUGAGUAUGAAACCCUAGAUACUGAUAUAUUGGCAGCAUUCCGAGUAACUCCUCAACCUGGAGUUGCACCUGAAGAAGCGGGGGUUGCAGUAGCUGCCGAAUCUUCUACUGGUACAUGGACAAGUGUAUGGACCGACGGACUUACCAGUCUUGAUCGUUACAAAGGACGAUGCUACAACAUCGAGCCCGUUGCUGGAGAAGAAAAUCAAUAUAUUUGUUAUGUAGCGUAUCCUUUAGACCUUAGAUACAAUUUUUUUCAUUCUUUAAUUCAGAACGAACGGGGCGCGCUUUGGAAGAAGCAAUAUGUUAUAGAGCUACUAAUAAGAAGGCGGCCCUUAACCCCAAAUGCCAUUGCCAGCGGAUAUACGGGGGGAGCAUCAAAAUUUGCGAAAGGAAUGCAAGAGGAGACUGAACUUGCAAAAGCUACCUUGAACAAAGCCGCAAACAAAGAAGUUCCCGGUCAAAGGAGUGUCAUCGUAAGGGUUGAUGGUGAUCCAGACCCAAAAGAAGUUGUCACCAAAGUAAGCACGGUGGCAGGACUUUGCUAUUACAUCCCCCGAUGCGAUGAAAAGCAGUGGCAGCUCAAAGUCAAAGCAAUGGGUUUUCAUUGUCUUUUCACAUGCGUAAUAACGAUUGCUUCCCCAUGCCAAUGUCGAUCAGUUGGUACUUUAGCAUUUUAGAGUUUCCUCGCAUAUGAUAAGGGUUUGAAAAAAGAGCUCUUUCUGGUGCAAUAUAUAUAGUAUAUAUAGCGUUAGUUCAGUCAAGCUUUCUUAGUAAAGGGAAAGGAGUUCAUGAUUUCAAUCCUUCUUGCUCUUUCUUUUCUUCUCGGACGGUCUUCUAUUUUUCUUCCUAGCUUUCAAAAGUCUUUCUUUUCCGGCUAGGAAGCAGAUGAGGAUGCUGAAACGGGUCCCAAGUCAACUGCAUGCGCUACUACUGCCUCCCUAGCAGCCACCUCUGCCCCCUUUCUAGUGCAAUAUCUGACGGUAGCAAAUCCCGCAGAUCGAAAGCCAUCACCUUCUCGUCCGGAAUCCCUUCGAACCGUCUUAGCUUCCCUUCGUUCGCUUCCAUAUACACUACCAUUUCAUCUACCUGUUUUCCGAGCAUAUUUGAUCACAGUCCCAUAAGCAGUAGGAACCGCGAGAGAGCUUAUUUCGUGUUCGAGAUCCAGAUGGUCUCCCAUUUCUUCUUUGUUUGCGAUUAACGGCCUACCGGGUGCAAUAGAUCCAAUUGCUGGCGCAGAACUCCUGAAUUCACCCAGCCCUUCUCACUUCUGGUUCAUCAAGAUAGGCUGGAUAGCGGCAUAUCCCCAUUUGUUCCAUUCGCUGCCCAGCCCUCAGGGCCAAGGAUGAGCACAAAUUCUUACGUUUGAUCGGUCUCAUAGCCGUGUGAUCUCCAGAUAGAAAAUGGUUUUGGUCGAGCGUCUAACGAAGUGGUGGAAUACCGUCACAUUGAAAAUCGUGAGAUGGGAGAGCAUCGAAAGGUUGGUUUGGCCAGCCCAGACUUCUUUUCCUUCUAGGCUUCUAGUAGCCCUUCCUUCUUUCUUUUAGCAGCUCAUCUCUCAUCUUGAAUGUUUUGCGAAUCUAUCGUAAUUGGUCUGA